AUGCGUGUAGCUCGAGCAUUCCGGGCGCUUUACCGCGUGCUGGUUGAUUACUGUUCGAACUGUUCGCUGGCCGGUAUCGGAAACAUUGCCAACCGGCGCUACCAUUGGACCGAGCGGGUGUUCUGGUUCGCCUGUGUUCUCCUGUCCUGGACCUGGGCCUGCUUGCUGAUCAAAACGUACAUGGAACUGUUUCGCCGGGACGCCGUCAGCAUUGUAGUGGAGAGUUUGGACUCUCGGAAGGACAAGACUACCUUCCCGUCGGUGGGCGUUUGCGAGAUGGGCUACACAAAGCAACACUACGAUGCUCUGCAGCGCCUGAUCGAGGGGUUUCGCACGACCGAGGAAAUGGAGUACAAUUACGACGUGGAAGAGUUCAUGUUGCGCCUGAUCUACCAUAACUUGUACAAUUACGGUUCGAUCAAGUCCUACUGUGCGAUGUACAAGGACUGCACCGAUUGUGUUCCGUGUCCGGUGGCGGGUUACUCGAAUUACUCCGCCACCGUGCGGGCCAGCUGUGAACAGUUGUUCGACCACUGCAGCUGGAACGGACGCGAGUUUGACUGCUGCCAGUACUUUCGGACAAUUCAGACGACGAUGGGUUCGUGCUUUCUGCUGAACUCCAUACAAACGGUCCAGAAGUACGGUCCCAAGUGGCUACGGAUGGAGAUGGGAAUGGGAGAGCCUCGCGCCGAGCUACUUCUGAACUUUAGCAGAGCAACAACGGCCUAUAUACAAAACGAAGAGGACAUUCCUCACAUGUUACUGACGACGCUCCAGUUCAAUCAGAUGCCUGAGGGUUUUGCGGGGAAGAUUUUCAUCACUCUUCAAAAUAUCAUCAACGAUCCGUUGGUGCGCACCGUCGAUAAGGACAUCCGGCGGUGCGUGUUUCCGGACGAGGAAACCGGAACCCGCUACGAGAAGUACAGCUACAGUGUCUGCGUAACGGAGUGUUUGAAAUUGGCCCAGAUUCGGACGUGCAACUGCUGCCAUCACAAUAUGCUGCUCGGAAAACACGACCAAAGCCCCGUUUGCGGGUACGACGGACUGAACUGUCUCGAUCAACGCGAUCUGAUGUUCCCACAAACCACGAUAAUGCAGCCUUGGCGUACGAACGGUCUCGUCUGUGAUUGCUAUCCAUCGUGCACCGAGCACGAGAUACGCAUCAUAGGACGAGAGUCGGACACGGAACGGCGCACCGGGCGCUCGGUGCUGAUCAAGUUGAUGGCCCUUCCGUCACAGCGCUACCGGCGCCAGAUCGUGCGCGAGAACAUUGAUGUGGUCGUGUCGAUCGGCGGCAUCCUGGGACUGUACACCGGCGCUAGCAUUCUGAGCUUGGUGGAGUUUAUUUAUUUCUUCACGAUACGCUUAGGAUCGUACUUUGCGAAUGAAGUUAAGGGCGAGCAAGAUGGCAGCGAGGAAGGAUCUUCUGAUGAGGACAUGCGUGCAAGAGGGGAAUAG